CAAGACUCUUAGAAUUUAAUCAGCAAUUACAUAAACAAUUGCAAUAACUAAUAUAUCAGAUUAGUUAUAAGGAAAUGCUAGUAAUCAAAAGUUAAAUGCAGAAAAAUAAAAGAAGAACACCCAGAAUUUUUAUACAGGUUCGAACCAGAUCAAUCUGGCCUACAUCCUGUUUGAUCCACUAUCAUCAUCAUCAAUAUCUCUGAAUACAAUUACAGUUGAGAACAAGCACUUCAGGACUCCCAAGAACCUUUCUCUCUCUAAGGUUCUAAUCUCAAACACUUUCUAACAGUUGUGUUUCUCUCUCAGUCCUCACAAUACACAAGCUCAAAUUCUCUUUCUCUGUAUUCUCUCUUUCUCUCAAUACAACUUCUCUCCUCUUUCUUUCACACUUUCUUUUUCACGCUCCUUGAAAUGAAAGACAACAACACACACAUAUAUAUAGGCUGCCAAGAUUAGUUGACAGCUAAUACAGUUGGGUUAGUUAGGAUUUUUAGGAAAGAUCUCCACAAGGAGAUUGUCUGUCCUGCGAGAGAAGUUCAGUGCAAGCAACUUAAAGUUCCUAAACUUCAGUAUACCACUGAUGGCAUUAACUGCUACUGCCACAAUAUAGGUUCGAGAAGACAUUCUCAAGUCAUUGUCCAUGACAAAAGAAACAAAGGUAAAACAUAGUAGAACCUCUUCACCAUUAUCUUAUGAGAAAGUUUUCCAUGAGUUGAUUGAUCAAUAUGCAAGAAAGGGAAAACCUGGAGUAAAGAAACAAAUUAUAUCCCCACUAGAAUUUAGUGGUUCAUCUGUUAGAAUAUUGGAGGCAGUAGCGGUUUCUGACAAUGAUUUGACUGAUGUUGAGGAUAGUUAUUCUGAUAGAUAUGAUGAAACAUAUUCAUCAGAGCAUAAUGAUGCAAAGGGAAAAGAAAUGCCAAUUGAGUGCUUGGAAAAUGAGGUGGAUGUUUGGGAUGGUAUUUAAUAGGACCUGCCCCAGUAAUUCAAUAAACUAGAAACAAUAAACCAG